GAUUGAACCGUGUAUAAAACUACGUCAUACUGGCUCAACAGUCAUAGUGUAACUAUUAAUUUAGUGACAUUUAAUCUUGUAUUUCCGCCUGAUUUUAAGCAUUUAUACUCGCUUGGCUGCAGUUUGAUGUAUUAAUGGGGUGUCCUGUAAAUCACACAGGGGAGUUGAACCCAGUCCUCCUCCCUCUAGACUGGCUUCUGGGUACCUGGGAGUCAGAUGAACCUGGGGAGGGCUGUUUUCCCACCAUAAAACCUUUCCGCUACACAGAGAAACUGCACUUCAGCCAUGUGGGACAACCAGUCAUCAACUUCAUGUUCAGUGCCUUCCAUGCAGAGAGCAAGAAGCCUCUGCAUAGGGAAUGUGGCUUCAUUCGAAUGCAGCCGGGAGCCAACAGAGUGGCAUUCAUCAUCGCACAGAACUCAGGUCUGGUCGAGAUUGAGGAAGGAGAGCUGACAGCGCAGCGGCUGAACCUACAGAGCCAGGCUCUGGCCAGAAUCUCUUUCGCCAGGGAGCCACAUGUACAGAAGAUUUCUAGAGUGUUUCAGCUCCGACCAGAUGGGAGGCUGGAGCAGACAGUUUCCAUGGCAACAGACAACCAGGCACUGAUGCAGCACUUGCACAUCACCUACCGUCGCUCAUCUUGACCCAACAGGCUGGCAGGCUUCUUUUACGUAGAAAUACCUUGGUCAGGAACGAUAAAUGUUGCUAAAAAAGACUUUAAUCACAGUUGAGUCAGAUAAUCAUAGAAACAAAUACACAGCUAUACAAUGAUAUAAUCCUAUAAUGGUGUGUGUAAUGUGGUAAAGGAGUUAUGGUGUCAGAUCAGCUUACCUUAAACUUAACCAUUUGGUAAAUCUUACAAAUACAUUACAUACAGUAAUAACUAGGCGUUGUUUAAGCACUACAGUAGGAGAGACGUACCAAGAGUUAAUGUUAGUCUAAUUCAAAAAUGAAAGAUUCCUCUGGAGUUUUCUUGGAAACAAACAAAAGUGAUGUUUACAUUCAGUGUUACUUACCAAAACGCAUUAUGUGUAUCCUUGAGGUUUAACAAACAUGUCAAGUGUUUUUCCUUUCUCAUAAAACAUUUGCAAAGAUGUUAUUUUUUAAAUCCUGUAUUGUUUACAUCUAUGUUUACUGACUUGCCUUCUUCUUCUUUCCUGCCUUUGCUGGCACAUUGAAGCAUGGAUGUGGGGUCAAGAUAUAUUAAAAAAAAAAAAAAAAAAAAAAAAAAAAAAAACAGGACCCACUCAUAGAAAUACAGCCCAUAGCGCUAUUAGAGGUCUAAAACUCCACAGGGAACCUUUAAUCUAACAAAAUAAAGAUUUCAUAUUGCAUUUCCAUUAAGUUGUGACACUUGGGUUGAGUAUGGGCACUUGGUAUGGGUUAUCUUAAUCUUUAUUAUUCAAAUAUUUAAUUUUGGAGCUGUAAAGCACCGAUGACUAAACAUUAAGUGUCCUCAUAUCUUUUUCUUUCAUUGCACUAUUAUGAGAUUGAAAGCUAAAGUAACUGCUGUCCUUCUGGAGUCAAUGCACUGUGUUUCCAGUGUUUUUUGUGAUUGCGGUUAUGGUUUAAGCCAGUAAACACGACCCUUUGAGAUUUUAAGAGUUUCUGUCGUGUUUCAGGAUGUCCAAGUUUGGUUUAUGUCUUUCAGACAUAUAGAUAGAUUAUUUUAAUAUCUUAACAUUUUAAGCUCCUUGUUCUGUCCUUUAUCGAUUUAGUGUUUUAUGUAAAGUGUUCGACAUGAAUGAUAUAAAUAAAAUUUGCCUGUGUUAUUGAUGAGGAUCACAGUACUACAGCAUCAAGUACAUGA